AUGGUCACUCUGACUGGCUCUCCAUUUUGUUUUCCACGACAUAGCAAUUUGUAGUUCAACAAAUUGUUUUUUUCUACCAAUUACCGGAGCGAUUUUGUAAAUUUAAGUGUUUUAAAGUCACCUUAGGAUCAUGGGACGCAAGAAGAAGAAGGCCUCCAAACCCUGGUGCUGGUACUGCAACCGUGAGUUCGAUGACGAAAAGAUCCUUGUGCAGCACCAGAAGGCCAAGCACUUCAAAUGCCACAUCUGCCACAAGAAGUUAUACACCGGACCGGGACUAUCCAUACACUGCAUGCAGGUGCACAAGGAGACGGUGGAUAAGGUCCCCAACUCGCUGCCCAAUCGCUCAAAUAUUGAAGUCGAAAUCUUCGGCAUGGACGGCAUUCCCGCCGAGGAUCUCAGGGAUCACGAACGCCAGAAGAAUGGGGGAAAGUCUGAUUCGGACGAUGAUGAACCGGUGGCCAAAAAGAAAGUGGAAUAUGCCAUGAGUGUACCGCCGCCUAUGAUGAUGCCCCCAAACAUGAUGCCACCGCACAUGCUGGGCCAGUACGGCAUGGGCAUGAUGCAGCAUAUGCCGCCGCUGCCUCCGUAUCCAGUGCCCAUGAUGCCGCACAUGAUGCCUCCGCGUCCUCUGUUUCCAGCCGCCAUGGCCACAACAUCGGCGGCAGCUGCUGCGGCGGCGGCACAUCAUCACCACGCCGCCGCCAUGGCUCAACAAAAGCCAACAUUUCCAGCGUACAGUAAUGCUACCAUAAGUGCUCCGCCUACUACCAAUCAUGCUGGUGGCGCAUCAGGCGCACCACCAAGUGGUCCGCCCGAUGCUCAGCAACACCAGCAGCGACCUCCAGCUCCACCGGCGGCAAGCGGAACAUCCGCUGCUGCUGUGACCACAAAGAUAAUGCAUCCACAGGAGGACCUGAGCUUGGAAGAAUUGCGAGCGCGCCAACCGAAAAUACAAGCACGGUUGGCGGCCGCUUUGGCUUCACUGGCGAAUCCACAAAGUUGCAAGAGUCCCAGCAACAAUGGUGGCGCCUCCACGUCGAUUCCCACCACUCCGCCGCCCCCGUCGCUGGCCGGGAUCUCGCCAACGGGUAGCAAUAGCAGCAGUGGCAUGGCUAACUCGAUUGCCGUCUCCGCAGCCAUGUCGAAGGCCCAGGAAAACGCCGCUCUAGUAGCCGUGGCACAGGCCCAGGCGCAGGCACACGCACAUGCUGCCCAGGUGCAGGCCCAAGCUCAAGCCCAGGCCGUGGUCCAAGCUCAGGUGCAAGCCGCCCAUGUGGCGCACGCUGUGGCAGCACAGCAUCAGGCGGCACAGCAGCAACAGGCGGCUCAGCAGCAACAGCAAGCCGCGGUGCAACAGCAGGCGGCGGUGCAGCAGCAGCAGCAACAACAGGCGGUGGUGCAGCAGCAGCAGGCGGCGCAGCAGCAGGUCAAGCAACUGGAGGAACUGAAUCGGGCUGUGAUGCUCCAGCGCUUUCAGGCUGCCCGACAGCCUGGGAAUCCCGGUGCGGCAGCAGCGGCUGCGGCGGCCGCAGCCGUCGGCAUGAUGCCGCUCCCUGGGCACAUGCAGCUUAUGCAGCCGAUGCUAAGACCGGCCAUGGCCAUUGGACCCCAUGGAGCUCUCAUAGGCGGGAAUAUGCUUAGAGCCGGUGGCCCCGGAUUACACGGCAUGCCUGCAGGUCUACUGCCAAUGCAGAUAGGACUACCGGGAAUGCCGGGUGCCUUACCAGCAGGAGCGAUGGCGAUGCCUGGAAUGGGCGUAAUGCUGCAAGGACAUCCCAAUAUGCUGCAAAUGAUGCAGCCGCGCUUUAGAUGAUGUCUGCCCGCAGCGCCGUGUCUGUUGCAGGCGCCAGCAGCCCAGACGCCAACGCACCUGCAACCGCAGCCGCAUCCUCAGCACGUGCAGCCAGCCCGGUCCUUUUCCCGCACCACGGCCGCUCUGCAGGCUCAGGCACCACUGUUGAGCCUGCCGCUGCCACUGCUUUUCCAUGAGUGAGGCACGGAUCAAGCUUAUGAUUGCAAACAGCAAAACAGCGCGCACUCAGCAAGCAAGUUCUUUUAUAAAAUCCAACCAAAGUCAGUUUUUUUUUUUCAAUGUAUAACAGUUUUUGAGACACGGUACCCUAAAAACACACAUACACACUUCUUGGCCACACGCUACCCACUAAUCAGCGGUUAUGCCUAGUAAACAAGUCGAUGUCAUUUAUAUAUAUAUAUUUCGUUCAUCUAAAGCACUCCAUUUUAGCUUUUGUUUUAAACCAAAUUCCCCAUUUUUCCCAAUCUGACCCUCUCGAUGUGCGUGCAUAAAUACAUCUUUUAGAUAUAUUAUUCGUACUCUUUGUAUAACACAAAGUAUCACAACGCUAAACCACACACACACUAACACCAACCAUCUGAAGCUAUUUUGUUGUGCUGUAGAAAUCUAUCUAAUAUCUGUAUCUAUAUCUGUAUAAUCAGCAAAUUAAUCGUUGACACUUAACAUUUAACAUUCUUUUCUUUUUUUUAGUUUCAUUUAGUGAGCAUAUACUUUAAACACAUCCACACCCACACACUCUCAAGUUGUUUAAUUAUAUCGCCUACAAAACAAAUGAAAUCCGAAAAGAAAAAAACCUUCGAAAUCACACAAAACCAAAUGCAAAACCAAAAAACAUGAACGCUCAAAGCCCUGGGUAUG